GCUUUUCCUUCUUCCGGAACCAAAAAAGAUUCCCAUUCAUCCAAAAAAAUUGAAUAAAUCAAACGACUAAAAAGUAAACGUUGCCACUCGAGACUGGGAGGGGAGGAAAGAAUUCGGCUCCAAGUCUUCGAGCUCACAGAUUUGGCGGUCGGAGUAGAGGUGCCCGUGGUUGACCUGUUGGUGAGGUGAUUGUUGGGUUGGAAACUUCUUUCUCCUCUUCCGAGGAAUCGAUGAGAAGCCUUCCCGCACACAUUUCCAUUUCCGCACAACUCAAGCUAUUAGGAGUUCAGGAGGAAUUACAAACUCAUGCCCUCAGCUGAUGGGACAUAACAUAAGAACCUCAGAACAUCUCUAUAAGCUGGAUUUGGAACCGGUAAUUUCACAUGCAAUCUCUUGGUUGAUGGAUGCUCUUCCUGUUGUAUCAGAAAGAGAGAGUCAAACAGAUAGUCACCCUUUACUCAUGGAGCAUGUGAUUGGUAUCCCAAGGGAUGAUGUGCCUUCUUCUUCUACACCUCGUCGAGACAAUCAUGAUGGCAUGGAUCAACUGCCUCGUGACUCAGAAAGUUCUUCGGGAACAACUGCUGCAUCUAACUCUCCAAAUGCUCCUCUAGCAAGAAGAGAUGGUAAUCGUGGUCCUCAUCGGCAAAGUCCUCUGAAUUCUGGCUUCUGGAUCUCAGUUGAACUAGUUGUAAAUCUUAGCCAGAUUAUAGCUGCUACUUGUGUGCUGUCUGUAUCAAGGAAUGAACAUCCUCAUGCUCCAUUGUUUGAGUGGGUCAUUGGUUAUACAAUAGGUGGUGUUGCAACUCUUCCUCAUCUUUACUGGCGCUAUCUCCACCGUAACCACCUGGCCACUGUGCAAGAAUCAGCUAAUCAGAACUACAUUCCAAACAACAUCCCUGAAAGUAACUCUUUUGAGGAAUUUUCUGCCCCUCGAGUGUCUGAAGCUGGUGUUGUAACUGGCACAAAUGGAGUUUCAAGAAACAAUGUGGUUACUGUAAAUCCAAGGGCCCAGGCUUUUGCUGAUCACUUCAAAAUGGCUCUGGACUGUUUCUUCGCUGUAUGGUUUGUUGUGGGAAAUGUGUGGGUGUUUGGUAGACGUUCUUCUGCCCAUGAUGCGCCAAACUUGUACAGGUUGUGUAUAGCCUUCCUCACAUUCAGCUGCAUCGGCUAUGCUAUGCCCUUCAUUCUCUGCGCACUGAUAUGUUGCUGCCUCCCCUGCAUAAUUUCUGUAAUGGGCUUCCGAGAAGAUUUGAACCAAAAUAGAGGUGCUAGUUCAGAUGCUAUCAAUGCCUUAGGCACGUACAAGUUUAAAUUGAAGAAGCCUCGUAAUGGAGAUGGAAAUGGAAAUGAAGGUGGCAGUGGGGUCUUGGCUGCUGGAACAGACAAGGAACGGGUUGUUUCUGCUGAAGAUGCUGUUUGCUGUAUCUGCUUGGCAAGGUAUGUGGACAAUGACGAACUCCGGUUGCUCCCAUGUGGGCACUUCUUCCACAAGGAUUGUGUUGAUAAGUGGCUCAAGAUAAAUGCACUGUGCCCCCUCUGCAAAGCUGAGCUUGACGUUGUCUCGACAACUGCUCCAGCCAUUGGCUUUGGGCGCCGCCACAGCGACAACAGGGUAUGAAACGACAUUGAAUCGCAACAAUAGCUAUGGCGGCUUGUCCCAUGAGGAGGCAACAUGCCUUUGAUGCGGCUUUCCAUAAGAGCAAUUUGUAAAUUAUAUAUAGUGUAGAUUGUACAGUCGAUCGAUGAGCCCUUAUGUGAUCCAACAAGUUAUUUUCCGACUGACUAAUAUCUCCUGUCGCCCAUGUGUUCCUUCUA